GCGAGGUACGGCGAGACGCCCACCGCGCGGACUCGUUCUUCACCGCCACCACCGCACGACCAUGCGACCAUCUAGUCAUACGCCUCAAGCUGCCGUCGCUGGACAUGCCAAUCCCGCCAUCGCCGUCCUUUGAACGCGGGGAGCCAUGGUUCGACGAUGGCAACAUCGUCCUCCUGGCCGACGCGUCCAACGUCGCGUUCAAGGUCCACCGCGGCAUGCUUGCGCGACAUUCGGAGAUCUUCCAGUCGAUGUUCGAGCUGCCACCCCCGCAAGCAGACGUCGAACGCGUUGAUGGCUGCCAGCUGGUCAGGAUGUAUGAUUUGCCAGAGGAUCUCAGCAGCUUGAUCAAGGCCUUGUACGACGGCGCGUCAUUCCAGGACCGCAGCGUCGAGGACUUCUUUUACGUCGCCGGCAUCCUGCGUCUCUCGACGAAAUACUUCAUCGCGCAUCUCCGCAUGCAAGCAAUACGGUUCCUAUCCCAGACGUGGAGCUAUACAUUGCGUGGACACGAUCAUAUGGUAGAAGAGGCCAUUCGAGCGCCCCUCGUCAAUGGCACGACCUACCCCUACGUCCACCCCCUGCAUGUCCUCAACCUAGCCAGGGACACUCACAUCAAACUUCUCAUCCCUUCGGCCUUGUAUUUCCUGUCCCUUUAUCCUCUCCCCGAUAUCCUGCGCGGCGAUCAUCCGAAACUGCUAGCCGAGCACCCAUCCCGUCCAUCAUCCGAACUGUCGGCUGAGGAUAUGAAGGACUAUACCCUCAUGUUCCAGCAUAGGAUCGACACGAUCCUUAAUUUCGUGCGUGGCAUGUGCGGCCAGCAGGAGCAAUGCAGCACAUGCGAGAAGGAACGCGGCAUAUGUACGAAGGCUUUCCGGCGACUCGCGCUGAACCUGUCCUACGCGUGGAUGCCGAGGACGGGACCGCUCCAUUUCAUGGUUCAAGCCGUGGACCAGCUGGACCAUGACUACGUGGUUUGUGCACCGUGUCGAAGAUCCUUUCGCGACAAAGUCUUUGAGGCGCGAGAGAAGACGUGGAACGAGCUGCCAGGGGUCAUAGGUUUGCCCAGUUGGCAAGAGUUGCAGGCGGCCGACCUGGGAGCGACAGAGGGCGGUCCCAACGGAGGGACGACGUCGCCUGCUCAGAAGCCGGAUGCGCGUAACGGGGUGAAGAGGUAGCGCAUGGCGUCCUGAGGACUCGAGUGGUCGAUCCGGUUCAAUUUGCGCUCUCGUAUGUAACACAGGUAGCUGCUCACGAUGGAGGUUUGUCUAUGUCGGAUUGUACAUUUAUACUGAUGACGCGAUUGGCUGUAUUCCAUUGCGGC